GUGAGACUCGAGGGGUAUAUACACCUCCCCGUCCGGCCAGCCUAGAGUUCCAGCAAAAUCCCCAAUCCAGCAGAGCACUCUCCCUCCGCCCCUCGUUUCCCCACCCACCAGCCUAGGGUUCCGGCGAGAUGAAGCAGCAGGAUGGAGCUAGCCCGGCCAAGAUGUUCAUCGGCGGGCUCUCCAGGCAGACAAGCAUGGGUACGUUCAAAGAGUACUUCGGGAAGUACGGGGAGAUAAUCGAUGCGGUAAUAAUGAAGGACCGCCAUACCCAAAAGCCUAGAGGCUUUGGAUUUAUUACCUAUUCAGAUCCUGCUAUUGUUGACAGAGUGAUUGAAGAUAACCAUGUCAUUGAUGGCAAGCAGGUCGAAAUUAAAAGGACUAUCCCGAAGGGUGCUGCCCCCCUGAAAGAUUUCAAGACAAAGAAGAUUUUUGUUGGCGGAUUGCCUACUGCUCUAACAGAUGGUGAAUUCAAGGACUUCUUUUCAAAGUUUGGAAAGGUGGUGGAACAUGAGAUCAUCUGUGAUCAUUCGACCAACCGGUCACGAGGAUUUGGAUUUAUAGUGUUUGAUGCAGAAAAAACUGUAGAUGAAUUGUUAGCUAAGAAAGGCAAUAAGAUUGAUCUAAAUGGUACUCAGGUGGAGAUCAAGAAGGCAGAACCAAAGAAACCCUCUAACCCACCUCAUUCACUUGAUAGCAAACCUAGGAGAUCUCCUUAUGCAGAUGGUUAUGAUGGAUUUGCCAGCCGUUACAACAAUGGUGGUCGCCUUGCCCCCUAUAAAUCACCUGGUUUUGGCGCUAGGCCUGGCAGCUACAGUAGUGCUUAUGUUCCUGGCAGCUACAGUAGUGCUUAUGUUCCUGGUGACUAUAGUAGCGGCUAUGGUCGUUAUGAUGGAGCAUUUGGAGGUUAUCACGGAGAAUCGUCGCUCUACUCCAGUCGUUUUGGUGGCAGUUAUGGUGGUGGUUUAGGUGGUGCAUAUGGGCGUGAUGCUGUGCCUUAUGGCACGUCUAGCUAUGGGCCUAGUUAUGACUCUUCAGGUGCCAGUGCCGAUCCUAGUGUUAGGUCUGGCAUGGGUGGACUCUAUGGUGCUAGGGGAGGCUAUGGUAGCAGCAGUGGUGGUGGUGCUACUGGUCGCUACCAUCCAUAUGCAGGGUAAGCCAAUGCUAGAUGAGAACUUAAGAGAUAUCACCUGCAGCUAGAAGAACCUUGUGAUCUGCUUAGUUUGCUACUCCAUGGUUGUAGAACUUAAAGACGUUGUUUAGUGUUUGAAAUUUAAACAUACUGAAGUUGAAAUUUAGACUUACUCAAGACU